UACCUCUAUACUUUCUGUGGGCCGUCUGAGUGAAUUAUCGAUUUUUGUUAUACAGAUCCAUUGUUAGGCCUAUGUGUUGGCAAGUGUUGAUGGUAACCAUACAACUGCUCAUGUAUAGGCCGACACAUCAUCAAGUAGGCGCAGUCAGAUGAUCUCCAGAAAGCAAGGUAUCAACAUUAUUAAGCAUAUAAAAUAAUUUUCCUGUAAUAGAGUGUACGGUAGCCUAACCCCCGAUAGGUGUACUCGUCAUCUCAAAGCCAGAGGCACAGAUCUGCUGAUUUGUCCGAAACAAUUUUAUCAAAUAUUAUCAACAGUCCAGUAUCAAUAUAACGUUCACACCAAACCAAAUACGUUUCCAUAGAUACCCGAUAUACAUACUGCAUGGUACUGAAGUGUAAAUUCUACUUGAAGACGUUAUCUUUCUGCUAUUGAACGUACUUGUCGAAAGCUCAAACUGAUAAAUAAUGUUUGCGCAUUCUUGACUUGCCAAGCAGUGUCCGGCUGUACGAAUCCAGCUAGAUAACUUGCACAUUACACAACUGCUCUUCAACUGUUAAUGACUUCUGCUUUCCUACUGUAGCAUCCGAGUUUGCAAAUUGAUGGACUAGGCUUACCUGACAUAACAGAAGGUGUAUUCACUAAGGGUACCUUAACGGCUAUUAGAAAAUAAUGUAUUCUAGUAGGCCUACACUUCAGAAUAUAAUUGUCGACAUAUUAGUACAAAUCUUCAAACUAUUGGAUAUAAUAAUGUAGGCCUAUAAUUGAAAUUACAUUCGCAAUGCCAGGUUGUGUUGUUGCGGGCACGAUGUAUCAACCACGUAGCAAUGAGCAAAAUUCGCAGCGGGAUCGCGAUUUAGCCAAACGGAUGGAAACACCAGUGCUGUUCACCAAGUCAUUGCCAAACCGAGCGAGGGUCUCAAGUUCUGAAUUUAAGCGAUUUCAAAAUCCAAAGGAAGCAUGGGCAACACAGAAACAUAACAGAACGAAUACUUUCCCUCGUAGUGAUGCCUUUCGAAAGAAUAUUGAUUUAGAAUCACAGUUCCAGACUGAACUCAGUAAAUGUUUAUUUGAAAAAGCGCUCGAGCGAAUUGAAAGCAGAACAUGUGCAGAUGAUAUUGCUCUUUUAAAAAGUAGACAUUUGUCCAAGAAUAUAAUUAGGCCAUCUAGUAGCUUUAGUUAUUGGUCUUCUCAGCCAAUAUUUGAAAUGAGCCAAUCUCUGUGGACUACAAAAACAAACUGUUCCGACUUGAGGACCUCGCUAAACAUAAAAGAAACGAAAUGUAAAUCAGAAAUUGUUAAAAAUAACGAGAAGUUUGAUACCUACUUUGUGAAUGGUAGUUUGGACGUCAGAGCUGUUGCUAAGUCACGCGGCCCUAUUGAGACACCAACUGGAAACAUACAUGCUCAAAUUCAUCGGAUAAAAAGUGCAAAUGCGCAGAAUCUUCAUGGACAUUCAUUGAAAUAUAUGUAUUCUGAUAAAAGAAAAGAAUAUGAAUAUAGGAAAAUGAUGAAACUAUAUAUAGAUAAACCACCACCUGCCCCUCCGCCUCCACCAACCCCAGCAGAAAGGCAACAGGCUAGAGACGAAGCACUGAGAAUAUUAACAGAAAAGUUGAAAGCUGAAGAAGAAGAAAAAGCUGCAAAGGAAGCGCAACUAAAAAAGGAAAUGGAGGAAAAGGCCGCCGCUGAGGCGGCAGCAGCAGCUAUCGCCAGCAGGCCUUCAUCUUCAGGGAAAACUGUGACAUUUAAUGACAAACUCACUAGUACCAAAAUCAUAGGCGGUAGAAAGAAAGGAUCACGAAGAGGCUCACCAGCAAGAAAACCGUCACCUACUACUAGAACGAAUUCUGCAGCGCCCAAAAAACCGUUCCCUGGUUCCGGUAGAGCUUCACCAUCUAGUCGUAAAGCAUCCCCAAGUGGAUCGCCUAAGCCGCCUUCGCCUAAAGGAAACACCAAGAAAAAGAAAGGAGGUGCGAAGGGAAAGAAGGAAAAGAAGAAAGAUAAAAAGGUUGAGACUGUAGUUACUCCACCACCAGAAGAACCAAAGCCACUAGUACCAGAACCAGAACCACUGCCAGAGCCCAUUAAACCAGAAGAACCUAAGCAACCGUCUGAGCCUAAAGUUGUUUUGCUUGAUGAACCGCCAAAGUAUACACCAGCUACUGAAUAUAAAACAAGAAAUAAGCGAGUAUCUGAUUGGUUGUAUAGCUGCAGUUCUGCAGCAUCUGGUACGUAUCAACCAUUCCUGUGAUAAUAAAAAGAAAGGAGUUCUGUGUGUGCUUUUACUAGAAUGGUUAUCCAAAGAACAGCUAUAUAGGUGCUAAUUUAUAAUCGAAGUAUGUACAAAAUGAGCAUUAAACUAUAAUGAAAUAUAUACAUUAUACUAUAAUGAAAUAUAAUUAUACUGUAAUGAAAUAAUGAAAUAGGUAUAUAUAUAUAUAGGGCCUAUAUAUAUAUUGUUAUAUACAUGCCUAUA